AUGAAUGGGGAGCAAAAGUUUAUGAAUGGAGCGAUGAGCGCGGGAGAUAUAUUAGAGAUCAGUUACGAGGCGGCGGUAGCACGCUCCGUGGAUUCGGACAACGCAUCAAUGACUACGAGGAGUUUCCCUAGCCAUGCACUACAACGAACAACCACCUAUAGAAAUUGUCAGAAACUCUUACUCAGACAGGAAAUUUCACUUAAACAUAGUGAGUUAAGACGUGCGAAGAUAAAGAGGGAUGAACUGUAUGGAAAAUUGAAAUGUAGUGUGUCAUCUUUUGAUUUUAAUCAUCUGAAGUGUUUGAUUGAAAAGCGUAAUAACCAUUGCAUGGUAAGGGAAUCAUUCAUACAGUCCCGAAAGCUUAAACGGUUGGGUUACAUCCCUGAAACAACCCUGGACGCAGACAAGGUCAUUUUCAAUUGUUCCGACACACACCUCUCCGAUGUGCAAAAGAGAGGUUUGUCACGAGGUCUAAAAUUUUCAUUUUACCCUGAUCGCCUCAACUUACUACAACAUUUCACAAUUUUUGAGAAACUUCAUCAUGAUCUAAAGAAGGAAGUGUUCUAUGAUCCACAUUGCAAAGGUUCCAAUUAUGUUGACACCCACAUUAAAUAUCUGGCUUUUAAUUCUUUCUAUUCCCACAAUUCUGUCUCUGAUAACAAUUUACCUAAAGACGAGUUCAUAGCACUGAAGAACUUGUCUAAAUCAAAUGACGUAGUAAUUACUAAGCCUGAUAAGGGAAAUGGCAUUGUUCUGUUGAACAAACAGGAUUACGUAAACAAGAUGAUGGAUAUUAUCUCUGAUACAAGUAAAUUCAAUCUGGUUCAGAGAGAUAUUUUCUCAGUCAUGUUACAAUGUGAAGGUAAAAUUAACAGACUACUAUCCAGACUGUUAACAAAUGAUGUAAUAACUCAAGAUACCUACCGAAAUUUGUAUGCAAAGGGAUCAACACCUGGAAUUAUGUACGGUCUCCCAAAGGUACAUAAGGACGGAAUUCCUCUACGUCCCAUAUUAUCUGCCAUAGGAACAUGCAGUUACCAACUAGCUAAAUUCCUUGUUCCAUUUCUAACCCCUCUAACCACAAAUAUUUUUACAGUAAAGGAUUCAUUCACCUUUGCCAAAGAAAUUACUACUAUUAGUUUUGACAAGUGCUGUAUGGUCAGUUUUGAUAUUGUUUCAUUAUUUACGAAUAUACCACUGAAAGAAACAAUAGACAUUUGCAUGAACAACUUGUUUCAGACAGUUGAAACAGUCCAAGGCUUCUCGAAAGAAAAUUUAAGAAAGAUGCUUGAACUGUCAGUCCAAGAUUGCCAUUUCAUUUUUAAUAACCAGUUGUUUAUACAGCGAGAUGGCGUAGCUAUGGGAUCACCACUUGGCCCUACGCUUGCUAAUGCAUUCUUAUGUUAUUAUGAACACAUUUGGCUUUCAAACUGCCCUAUACCUUUCAAACCUUUGUAUUACAGAAGAUUUGUUGAUGAUACUUUUCUCAUAUUCAAAGCACAGGAACAUGUUCAAGAAUUUCUUAGCUACCUCAACUCGCAACACACCGAAUAUGAAAUUCACUGUGAUAUGAAAAAGAGAUGA